UCUAGCAAAGACUGUGUGCUUCAUGCAGAUCUAAGUUUUGCAAACAGAACACACUAGAGAAAAGGAAAAUGGGAGACCUUAAGAUUAGAGGUGACAUAGUUGAAGAGCAAUUAUGGCCACAGAAACCCACUCUAAUUAAGCCUAUUCCUCAAAGAGCUCAAGCUAAUGUACCUAUAGGCGUUGGUCCAUCCUUUCAACAAAGGCAAAAACCCUCUAAGCCACUUCCUAAGCUUGCCACCAUUCCAGAAAAUGACAAUCUUUCUACAGAGGAAAACACUACUAAUGAAGGUGGCGCAGCUUUUGUUGAUGCUAAUAAUCAAAACAUUUCCAAUGAAGCCCAAGCAAACACUGAGCAAGAAAUGGAGAGGAAGUUUAGGCGAACCAUCUCAAACCGAUUUUCUGCACGGAGAUCAAGAUUGAAGAAACUUGCUUACAUGGCGGAGUUGGAGAGCAAAGCGAAAUCUUUCGAGAAUACCAUAAGCCUUCUCCGUGAACAAAUUGCAGCCGAACAAAACGAGCAAAAGUUGUUGCAAAUUGAGCAUCAUACAUUGAAAUUCCAAAUGGCUGCUUGUGAAAAGCAAAGAAUUGUUCUAGAAGCUGAGUUUGAAAAGAACAAAGCAGAAGCAGAUAGGUUGUGUGAACUUCAAAGCAGAAUGAAUGCAUAAUAACUUCACUUCGUUGCAGCUCAUGUCUAAUUCCAACUGAGGUUAUGUAAUGUCUUUUGUUGAUUUGUUUUAGAAAUUUUAGAACCUAAAGUGAAAACAUUUAAGGUGUUAGAGAUUGAUCUUAUAGAGUAAUGAGGAUGGAUUGUUGACAUCGUUUGUUAUUAUUAUUGUUUGGGAGACAUGAUGGUAAUGCAUUGCCUUUUUCUUUGGUUGA